AUGGCCUCUCAGUACGUCGGGCAGCGGCUAUCUUUCGAAUCACAGCUCUGCACAGUCCGCUACAUAGGCGAAAUCAAGGGUACAAAAGGUGAAUGGCUCGGCGUUGAAUGGGAUGACCCAUCCAGAGGGAAGCAUUCGGGUGAACAUAAUGGCACAAGAUACUUUGAAUGCAAGGCUCCCGGAGCAGGAUCUUUCGUUCGACCAAACCGUCCUUCAGAUCCUCCAAAUUCUUUCCUCGCAGGAUUAAGAGAGAAGUAUAUCACAAAUGUCGAGAAAAGCGGCGUCCCAAAGCCCAUUGAGUUUGGUAAAAAGAUCGCCCAGGAAGUAGGUUUCGACAAGGUGGCGAAGAAGUUCGCAGAACUAGAUACAUUGACAAAUGUUCUACUUGACUACAUGAGAAUCAAGACCUGCGACGAGGAUUCUGAGGAAAUCGCCGCUACAUGUGCUAACUUACAGAAGCUGGAUCUAACAUGUAACCUCUUCGAGGAGGUUGAGGAGGUUGUGAAACUGUGUAUAAGUUUACCGAAGCUUGUCUCCCUAUCUAUCAACGGGAACCGAUUCAUGAAGUAUCAGAUUCGAGAUCAAUACAGACACGGCCUGGACCGAAUUAAGACCCUCAAGGCUGACGACCUGCGGUCGAGCUGGACGGAAUUAUUUGACCUGGUGAAUAACUUCACUAACGUUACUGAUCUCUCAAUUGCGGUUGGAGAUAUCGAAACAUUGACACCAGAUAUAACCCCGAGGGUCUCAGACCUCCGUAUUGCUAGCCGCCUAGAGUCCAUAUGCCUUGAAGAACACGCAAUUGGCAGCCUUUCGGGGCUAGCAGAUCUUCAAAAUUUACCCAGCUUGCGUAAACUCCUUCUAUCCUAUAAUAAAAUCAAUGCGGUCUAUUCUCCGGCCGAGUCCAAGGCCGUUGGUAAGCUAUGCUUUCCAUCGGUUACAUACUUAGACAUCUCUCACAAUGAGGUGGGCGAUUGGACAUUCCUUGAUGAUAUGCGGAUUGCCUUUCCAAACUUGGAGGCAUUGCGGAUCAGCCACAAUCCUUUGUACGGCACAAGUGAUGCCAGGACCCUUACCGAAAAGUCUUACCAAAUUACAGUUGGUCGUCUCGGCCGACUUGUCACUUCUCUUAACUACAGUGUGAUAACACCGGCGGAACGUGCGGAUGCAGAACUGUUCUAUAUCUCAACAAUUGUGAAAGAGCUUUCUGGGAAGCCAGCUGAACAAGAAGCUGAAAUACUCUCACAUCAUACAAAAUGGCAAGAGCUUCAGACAAUACAUGGAGAACAGACUAUAACUCGGGAUCUUUCAGGGAAGUCUAAAGAUGCACUAGCAUCAAAGCUCAUAGAAGUUGAGGUGUGUUCAACCUCUAGGACGUUGACUAAGAAGUUUCCCCGCACUGUUACAAUUGGCAAACUUUCAGGGCUGAUUGGCCGGCUGUUCGGCGUAAACCCGUUGGAUAUUGCUCUCUACCUUAUUGAAGACGGCAUCAUUAACGAAGGAGGUGGUGUGAGGGAGACCUUGCUUGCCGACGAGUUGCGAGAGCUUGAUUAUUAUGUGACUGAGGCAAAAAUUAAACUUGCGGUCAGAGACAAGUCGUUAUGA